GUUGUAAAGUUAAACCAAAUAUUCAAUUGGUUUGUUAAUAAUGACGAGCAAUUAAAACUUAUUAGGAUUGAUCAAAUCACACCGUUAUAUAAAAUCCUAGAUUAUAAAUUGCAGAAUGAAAUAGAAAUGAUUUUAGAAAACCGUUUAGAUUAUAGAAUCUUAUUAACAGGCGUAAAAACUUUUGAUGUGGAUGUCAAUUAUACAGAGGCCUAUGUUCGAAUUAAUUUUGAUAAAAAUUCAGUACUAGACAGUAGAUCUUAUGAUGUAUUUGGCCUUGUUUUUGACAAUAAAGAUGUCAGGUCGGAAAUAUAUGCAAUAAAAUUUGAUCUAUUCGAUUGCUAUGGAUUUUCUGCAUUUGUUACAUUUAAAGAUAAUACAGCAAAGAAUGUUAAGGGAUGGUUGGUAUUUAAUCAAAUUAAAGAUUCAAGACCUUCUUUCAGCGCAAAUCAUCGAGAAACCAAUAUCGCUUUUCAUAAAGCACUUGUUGACUCAACAAUGUGUUUUGAAAAUAUCAUAUACAUAUCUUUACCGUUUACGUUGGUCAAAAAUUGUAUUGUUUUAUUUUCUGCAUCAUAUUCAUCUAACAACCCACCAAAACAGAACUUAAAAUUACUUGGAUGGUCCAAAGAUGGUUUGAAACUGAAGAUUAUGAUAUUUGAUAAAGAUCAACCUCAACCUUCACCAUUCUAUCUUAAGAUUUGCAUUAUUUAUCCCUGUGAAAUGAUAAUUUUUAAUGUAGAUAUUGGAGAAAAGCUAGUUACAUAUGAUUUAUUUGGACAAAACCUUGAUAUCAAAGAUUAUGAUCAGACCAUCGACUUUAAUUGUUAUAAAAAUAUUUAUUUAAAAUAUUUAGAUGUAGAAAAUAUAGAAUUUCCUGUAAAGCACACCAAAUAUUUAUGCUCUAGUGAUUUUGAUUUAAUUCAAAGGAACAAUAGUGAUAUCCCAUUUGAGGCAUAUUUCAUACAAGAAGUUGAUCAUGAUAAUUUAGUAAAAUAUAUAAAUAUUUUAGAAACUGAAACUACUUUUAUUUUGAUAACUGAAUUGGUUUCUAGUAUCCAAUUAACAAAUUGGAAAACUCUUCAUGAUUAUCUUAAACAUAAUGGUGCUCUUUCUGAAAAUCAAGCAAAAAAUAUAUUCAAACAAGUUAUUGAAUGUAUUUAUUUCAUAUAUAAGCAUGGAUUCUUUAAUAUAAACAUAAGUGAUAAGAAUAUUUUUAUUUCAGAAUCUCAGCGUCUUGUGUCUGAUGAUUUAAAUGAAGAUUUAGUAUACGAUAUCCAAUACGAGAACGAUUAUAGUAUUUCAUAUGCUUCACCAGAAAUGAUCACUGGACAUAAUUAUAAUCCAGAAUUUUCUGAUCUUUGGUCUUUAGGUAUUCUACUUUAUACUAUGAUUCAUGCUUAUGUGCCUUUUAAAAAACCAUUUGAUACAAUAGCAAGUACGUUAGUGCUACAUAAAGUGGUCAGUGAAGGAUGCACAUCUAUUAUACAUCGUUUGCUUGCAAAGAAACCUCAUUUGAGAGGGUCGUUUAAAUAUUUGUUAAAUGACCCUUGGAUAGGUAUAAAAACCUUUUCAAAGAGUAAAUUUUUAAAUAAGUUAAAAGGAAAUGUUAAUGAAAGUAUAGCUAUUGAAAAAACCUCACACAAUAAAAUUAUGCAAGAGCUGUGUGAUUUGAUAGAAGAAAGUCAGAUUGGCACUAUUGGACCUUCGUUACCACUCCGGUGGAUUCAAGUUAAUUCUUUGAACGAUAUUAAAUUAAUUGGAAAAGGAGGAUUUGGUUCAGUAUUCUCAGCUAUAUGGACAAAUAAAUCAACAAUCACACAAACUUCAAAUAAACUCCACUUUUAUCAUCAGAGGACAUCAACUAAGGUGGCUUUGAAAGAAUGUUCUAACGCGCAUGAAAAUGAUGGCAUGGAAAACUUUUUGAGAGAGAUGAAAAACCACACAAAAAUAAAUGGCUUAUGGGGAAUAAUAGAUUUCUAUGGUAUAGCUUGUGGUCACAAGCCUGAUGACUUAAAAAUGGUUUUGCAUUAUGCUGAUAAAUCUGAUCUUAACGAAUAUCUUGCUAGGAAUUUCAUUUCAAUUACAUGGAAAGAAAAAUUAUCAAUCAUUCUGGAUAUUGCAGUUGGUUUAUAUCAAAUACAUAAGAUAGGUAUAAUUCAUAGGGAUAUUCACCCUGGUAAUAUUUUUCUAGAUUCAUCUAUUUCAUGUAUUGGUGAUUUUGGGUUAAGCCAGGAAGCGGAUAUCUUAACAGAUAACAACAGAAAGUUGUUCGGCAUUGCAACAGGCAAACAUAUGCAUGGUAGUAAAAGCAAUAACAAGCCUUCUUUUGAUGAGUCAAUACCAUUAUUUUAUCAAACUAUGAUUCAUUCAUGUUGUGAUAAGGAACCUUCCAAUCGUCCAAAUGCACAAACAUUGGCAAAUGAAAUCAUUGAUUGGAAACUUAAUAAAAUGCAUCAAUUUAAUGACAAAAAAGUACUUAUAUCUUAUAUGACUGAAGAAACAGGUGAAAAGUCACAAAGCGAUAUAGCACCAGAUCCAGAAAAUGAUGAAAAUGACGAUAUUUACUCCAAAGUUGAAAAUGAUGGCAUGAAAUCAAAUGUAGUUGUCGAAUAUCUUAAGAAGGCCGCUGAUGGAGAUCCAGAAGCCAUGAAGAAUGUUGCUAUUUGCUUCCUUACGGGAACUGGUGUUGAAAAAAAUAUGAAUGCAGCGUUCAGCUGGUGUAUGAAAUGCUUUAACAAUAAGAUAAAAUUUACACAUGAAGAACUAAUUCCAUUGGUUGAACAUGUUUCACAAGACUUCCCAGAUUUGGGAAGAAAAAUUAAAUAUGGAAUGAUGUUACAAUGCGGGUUAGGCGUUGACAAGGAUCUUACUAAGGCGUAUUUAAUAUACAAAAGUGCAGCAGAAUCUGGAGAUGCGCGUGCGCAAUUCAAAACGGGUAGAUUUUGUGAAGAAGGGUGGGGUCGAGAAAAAAAUUUAAGAGAAGCUUUCAGUUGGUUCAAGAAGGCAAUUGAACAAAAUAAUCCCGAAGCAUGGAAUCAUCUUAAUAAAUGUUAUAUGACAUCUUUUAAAUUACAAGGAAAAGGGAUCACGAAAUUCUAUACUGCUCAUUAUAAUAAGUUCAAAGUUACGGGGAUGAUUACAGCGCAGUUCGAUGAAAAUUAUGCUCAAUUUUUAUAA